AUGGAAGAUAUAUUUUUGUCGUUCAUCGCUAUAUAUCUAUCUAGGUCGGCUCACAUCUAUUUAUCUAUCUAUCUUUGUUCGACUCAAAUCUGUCUAUCUAUGUCUCUUCACAUCUUUCUAUUCCUCUCUUCUCUCUCUCUCUCUCUCUCUCUCUCUCUAUCAUCCCACAUCUAUCUAUCGCUCCAUCUAUCUAUUUGGAUCGACUCACAUCUAUCUAUCCAUGUCAACUCACAUCUAUCUAUCUGUCGUCUUUCUCUAUCUAUCUAUGUCAUUCUGUCUAAAUCUAUCUAUCUAUUUAUCUAUCUAUCUGUCUGUCUGUCUAUCGAUCUAUCUUUCAUUCUGUUCAUAACUCUCUAUCUAUCUAUCAGUCUGUCCAAAGCUAUCUUUCUAUUUAUCUCAGUCUGUCCAAAGUUAUUUAUGUCUGCCUGUUCAUAUCUAUCUAUCUAUCUAUCUUUCAUUCUGUUCAUAUCUCUCUAUCUAUCAGUCAGUCCAAACUAUCUCUCUAUUUAUCUCAGUCUGUCCAAAGCUAUUUAUGUCAGUCUAUCUAUCUAUCUAUCUAUCUAUCUAUCUAUCUAUUGCAUUCUUGGUGCCUAA